AGCGCUGGCUGAAUGAGCUCUUGCCGAGAUCAAACUCGCAUCCGGACGAGAGCCAAGGCAGGCUGUUUGUGGACCACAAUUUUCCUCGUACUGAAUUGGAUCUGGACCCUCAAGUAGAGUGGAAGCGCCCGCCGGUAGAGUACAACCACUUGGAUUUGCAGAGAGGAAAGCCACACUUGAUCAGAUUGAGAGAGGAAGCCAUCUUUAAUGCGCAUGUAGCAACAAGAGAAUCCAUCAAUGAGAGUUUGGAAGUGUUACAAAUAGAUGCUGCCAGUAAGUUUCGUCACCGAGUUGAGGGGAAGGCAAAGUUGUGAUGGGGUGAGCAGCUCAGGCACUGGCUAGAGACAUGAAGUAGAGAUGCAUCAGGCGCGGGAAGAGAAGCUGCUGCUCAAAAUGAGGCGCGUAAUUACGCCUACACGCUGCUCAUGUAAUACAGUGAACUCCGCAUCCUGAUGUCCCCUGGGAAGACGGUGUGGCUUCAGUCAGGGCUGUGGACUGGAUGACUGGCGUGUUGGUUGUGGAGGUGUUCUGGAACGGUGCUGAGCAAACAGUCCUUUCUAAAAACUGACUGCCAUCAUCCCACCCUCUGGAGCCAGCACACAGAUAGUAUCUCCACGUGUCCUACUCAAGGCCUGGGGGCCAAAUUUAGCCCGCCAAGUCCUCUGAUGCAGCCAGUAAGAGAUUUAAAUAUGCGCGUGUGUUUGAUGUCAGAAGUCAAUGUAGAAACUUGAACUUGUGAGUGAAUGUUUGCUCUUCAGGGAGGGAAACCGGUGUCUGUCCUGCGAUGGAGCAGAGUCAAUGGGAAGUGGUGUCAUCGCCUCAUUUCAUCGUGGGUGGGGCCACACACCUGGAUAUUGCCCAGGGGGAAGUCAAUGACUGCUGGGUCCUGUCUGCCAUCGCCUCCCUGUCGCUCAAUAAAUGUCUGUUUAAUAAAGUUGUGCCUCAAGGACAAACCUUCCAAAAUGGAUACAACGGCCAGUUUAUCUUCUCGUUCUGGCUGUACGGACGCUGGGAACAGGUAACCAUCGAUGACCGCUUGCCCUUUAAGAAUAAAAAACUGCUGUACCUGAAUUCUCCGACCAAGAAUGAGUUCUGGAGCAGCCUGCUGGAGAAGGCCUACGCCAAGCUGAAGGGCGGCUACAUGGCUCUGAGCAUGGGCCUGCCACACGAGGCUAUGGUUGACAUGACUGGCGGAGUGACGGAGGUUUUCAACGUUCCCAAUUUUAAAGGAAGUCUGUCAACCUUUCUCAAAGACCAGCUGCAGCGAGGUGCCCUCAUCAACAUGGCCAACCUCCAGGGGGAGUUUGGGAAGGCAAACCGCGUGGGCAUCUUGUUCAAACAUGCCUACGCGCUGACAGCAGUCCAACAGGUCAUGACGUCGAUGGGUCCUGUGACUCUGCUUCGAAUCCUUAACCCCUGGGGAAACACCGAGUGGUUCGGGCAAUGGAGUGACUUUGAAGGCUCUGAGUGGGCAAUGGUGAGUCCCGAGGAGCAGAAGAGAAUUGGUAGAAUCCGGAAGGAGGAUGGGGAAUUCUGGAUGUCGUCAGCAGAUUUCCGUCGAAACUUUCAAAUGGUGGAGGUGUGCCACAUGACCGACGAGAUCGUGGAUGAAUGCAGUUGUGAUAAUUUGUGGACGACAGCCAUGCAUCAUGGGACCUGGGUGACAGGAUUCACAGCUGGAGGGAGGGGAGCUUCUUUGUGGCAAAACCCUCAAUAUCAAUUCAACUUGACCCAAACGGAUUCCUCUGGCACUUGCGCCUUCAUCCUGGCUCUGAUGCAGAAACACAGCCGACGCAGAGACAUCCACCUGGGCAUCGGCCUUCACAUCUACAAGGCACCUCCGAAUGACACCACACUGCAGGCUGAAGACGUAGCGACUCAGCUGCCAGUUCUCCAGACACCCAAUUACACCAACCGCCGUGAAAUUGUUCUCCGUGGCUCCCUGCCACCGGGCAGCUACAUCAUCAUCCCGUCCACCUACGAGCCGAAUCAGCAGGGAGCCUUCCUUCUGCGGAUUCUGACAGAGAAAGGCAACGCAGCCAAUAAAGCAGUGAAACCGCACACGCACACUCACACCCCGAUGACAACAGUGGUGUACACCUAUCCGCACCAGACCGCCCUCCCACCCUUCGACCGCAUGAAAGACCUGUACUGGAAGCACUGCAGCAAGAGAGGCUACUGCAAACCGCACCAUCUGCACAGCCUGCUGACUGAGGCCUUUCAAUCAGGAGUCUUGGCAGGCACAGAGAAGAAGUUGUCUCUGGAGCACUGCAAGACCUUCGUGGUUCUGAAGGACAGCCAAGCAGAUGCUCGGCUGAGCUGGCAGGACUUCCUGAGUCUGUGGGAGAAGAUCCGUCAGUGGACGGACAUCUUCCUGACCCUGGACAAGAACAAGACCAAGCAUCUGGAGUACCAAGAAGUGGGCCCGGCGCUGACAGCAGCAGGUGUUAAGGCGGACCGGUUCAUCAUGACGCUGGUGGGUCUCAGAUACACUGAGCCAGAUAUAACCAUCAGCUACCCCGGCUUCCUCUACCUCAUGCUCAAACUGGAGACCAUGAUCCAUACAUUUCAGGCCCAUGACGUAACAGGAAGAGGAACCAUCACCCUCGAUUACAAACAGUGGCUCUACAAGACCUUGUACAACUGAUCAUCAUCCCGUGAUACACGUCCUCCAGCUCCCUAGUUAAUCACAAUGUUUGUUUAAAAUCUUUUUUUUUUUCAUCCAUUGGAUGUUUGUCAUUGAUCCCGAAGUUUUACUACCUUUCCUGAGUUCUUCCUUUUUUGAUCAUUUGAUUUGCUGCCCAAGGUUUCACUCAGACAGUGUCUCAGGGAACCUUCAGCAAGCUUGUCAUGUGUUCUUCAAAGUUCCAUUCUUGGCCCUUCGUUGUUUUAUUCAGUUGAAUGAAAUUGAACACUCAAGGUCUGUUUGACUCACAUGAACCUAGAUUCUAAGUGUUGGUGGGUUUGUUGCAUUUCAGAACUUUUUUCUAGACAAGUCAAUGUGACUUUUUUUGCGCUGUAGUUGCUGGGCAUUACCUUCUAUUUGAAUAAUUCAGAUCCAUGUUAAUGCCAUUUGCACAUCAUCAGGAAAUUUUGCCUAUGGAUUUCUGCAUUUUAAUAAAGUGAAUUAAGUUCAAGCUUUUUUUAUUUUGCUUGUACUGUAUUCAAUCUGAAUGUUGAAUACACUCAUUACCAAGAGAAGACCUGUUUGUGUUCCUUGUGGCUCUCUGGUUUCCUCUCAAUGGCCAAAGAUUUUUUUCACUUAAAAAAAAAAGAA